UUCAGAUGGAAGUCGCAAACCCUCAUCAUGGAUGCGGUAGAAGAUAGAGAGGUCAAACUCCAGCGUGCGUCUGGCGACCUCGUGAGCGAGUUCUCAGAAAAACUGCCCUCUUUGCUCUGGAAAUCGCGAAUCCAAAAUGGCUCCGAGACCCGGGUCCCACGACGAUGGACACCGGCUGCUAAGACGGAGAAACUCAUAGGCCUUCUAGAGCCCUUUCAGGAGUGGCCGCAGCUGUUGGAUCCGCAUUUAUCAAAGCUGCUACCCCCCUUAGUGGAUGUUUUCCUGGCAUAUUUGGUGAAGCAUCGCGAUCAAUAUGUUGCAGAGGUGACCGGGUCCCAGGGUCGACAGGCACUUUAUCCACUUCCCAGAGCUGUCUGUCGGCUUCUGUAUACCUUCUGCAAGGUACGCGGGGUCAAGGUCAUUAGCAGGUUCUUGAACAAUGAGCCCAAAUAUCUUGACCCUUUGCUACGGGCCUUUAUCGAGUGGGACGCAGUACCACAAGAGGAUCCAAUGGAAAUGGGUACGAAUGAUGUGCCUAAACGUCUUGUUUGGGAAGAACGAUAUAUGAUGCUUAUCUGGCUUUCACAUCAGUUGCUGGCGCCUUUUGACUUGGCUUCUAUGUCGUCGGAUGACAUACCUGUUCCGUACGAGAAUCUGGAUCAACUGAAGCCGCUAUUAUCUCAAACACCGACAGUGACAAGGUCCAUUCUUUCAGUGUCCUUGAACUAUGUCAAUGUGCCUGGGAAAGAGCGAGAGGCGGCCACUGUGCUCCUUGCACGACUAGUCCUUCGUCGGGAUAUGCAGGCUCUCGGAGUGCUAACCAAUCUUACAGAUUGGGCGUUCUCGGUUAUUCAACCUGGUGGAAAAUCCGGACUACCUUCUGUAUAUUCUUGCAUUGGGGUGUUGUCGUUCCUUGCGCGGCUAGGUGCGUCCGGUCAGGUUGAAGAGUUCGCUCCGUUGAUUCUACCUAUCUUCAAACAAACCCUGCGCAUUGCCCAGGAGAAUUCUGAAGUCUCCCAAGUCAUCAGGGCUUCUGCUUCUGCUCGGAAGAUCAUCAUCAAAAUUCUUCGCUCCGUUACGGUCAUGGCAUUGUCAUUGAGCGAGAGAGAAAAUUGCCCUCUCUCGGACGAUCAAGUAUCUUCUAUCCUAGAGGAUACAAUUGAUCAUUUUCUAGUAUCUCUUGCUGAUAAGGAUACACCUGUGCGGUUUGCAGCAAGUAAGGCACUGAGUAUCAUCACUUUGAAACUGAAUCCGGACAUGGGCACUGAAGUCAUCGAGGCUGUGACUGGGUCCUUGGAGGAAAAUAUUUUGUACGAGACGCGGGAUGGCACUAUUGUGGCGCCUUUUGAAGCACGAAUGAUUGGAAUGAACAAGCUGAAGCGGAAUCUGAGUGCUGUCGAUGCCCAAAGAUGGCAAGGCUUGAUAUUGACCCUGGGCCAUCUUCUCUUUCGCCGCGCACCACCAACCCGUCAAUUACCUAACGUACUGCAGCCUCUUGUCUCUGGUCUUGACUUUGAACAGAGAUCUUCCACUGGAAGUUCUGUUGGGACUGGUGUGCGGGAUGCUUCUUGUUUUGGUAUAUGGGCUCUCUCACGCAAGUACACGACUCAGGAGCUGCUGGCGUUAAAAUCGCAAACGAUCAGUACCUCUACAGGCCACGGGGAAGCAAGCACAUUGCAAAUGCUAGCUAUAGAGCUAGUAUGUGCAGCUUGUGUAGACCCUUCAGGAAACAUCCGGAGAGGUGCCUCUGCUGCCCUGCAAGAGUUAAUUGGCCGUCAUCCUAACACUAUUACUGAAGGAAUACCACUCGUCCAAGCUGUGGACUAUCAUGCAGUUGCACGGCGAUCAAGAGCGAUGAUCGAUGUUGCAAGUAUGACCGCAUCGCUCAGUGAUAUUUAUUGGAGCCCCUUGGUAGAGUCAUUGAUGAACUGGAGAGGCAUCGGUUCUCCAGAUGCCGAAUCCAGGAGACAAGCAGCUGGAGCAAUAGGAAGCCUGAGUACCAAGGGAUCAUACAAGACCAUGAAGACGGUGAUUCAGCGAUUGCAUCACAAAAUAUCUAGUCUACCUCGGAAUGAUGUAGAGUCGAGACAUGGAUGCUUGUUGUCAAUUGCCGCGACGGUUGAUGCCUACAAUAGCCUCGAAGAUAAAGAUUCCUCUGAAGCCUUGGGAGUUUCCCGGUUGGUUGUGGAGCUCUGGAGCAUUUUCAAUUCAUCGUUUGGACCUACUAAAGACGAUUUGACGCUUCAGAUGUCACGCCCAGAGUUGACAGCCGAGGCUUCCUCACGUCUUAUUAGCUCCCUGUCGAAGUCAGCUCAUCAGGCAGAAAAAUCGACGUCACUUCGGCCAUCUGAUACCGUGAUAGACAAAGCCUGUGAAGUACUUUUGUUGUGUGCUUCUCGUGGCGAAGACCUUGUCAUAGAGUCCUCAUGUGAUGCGAUAUCACAACUGUUUCCACUUCUAUCUCCGUCGAAACAGAAUGAGACAGUGCAGGGCUGGUUCUCGUACAUACGCUCUACAUGGAAAUUGCCCACUGGCCGCGGUCAGAUUUCAUCUCUCGGUGCUAUUUUCAAGCGACUUGAAGUCGGGAAUUCUUUGAUAAAAUCUAUCAUCGAAGAGCUGAUACGGUGCACAGGGAAGGAAGAGCUCAUUGAAAAAAGGGUGACGGCAGUAAAAUGCCUGGCGACGGAAAUCCUACCUUAUACAGAUGUGACGGAUGAUCUUGUAGAUCACUUUAUUGGAUUCCUCAAUGACUACACAACAGACAGACGAGGAGACAUCGGGUCAUUAAUCAGAAUGGAAGCACUCCAAGCAGCAAAGACUAUUCUUCAAAACGAGACUGGACCAGUAGCUAUUUCUUCCCGCGCCCAAAAAGUUGUUGGAUGUAUUUGUCGACUUGCAACAGAGAAGCUAGACAAAGUCCGCUUACAAGCCUGGCUUUGUUUACAGAGCUUCUGGGAGUCGACGGAAAACUUCCCACCACUGCAGAGGAAAUACGAAUACUUUAGCCAUGUGUCUGCUCCUGAUUAUUUCCUUCAACUCCUGGAAUUGCAGACGAUAGAGUGGUUGCGUUUGCCGCUUUUCCAAGGCAUUGCUACCUCUGCUGUUGCUGGAACCGAGGGUCUCAUCCAUGCAUCCCGUUCAGCUUUAACACAAUGCAUCAAUAGUCAGGAGGGAGAAGAGCAGCGGAAUAUUUUGAUUGAAACGCUGAAAGAUCUGAUAGUCAUAUUGAAUGAUAACCUACAAGAUGACCGCUAUGCUAUACCGACCAUGGAGUUACUAGCAUUUUUGGUUGAUGGUUAUGUUUCUUCCAUCCCCGAAGGCUCGGAGCCAAGCUUCCGAAAGCUAUUUGUGGUCGUUCAAAAAGCGCAUUUCAAAUCCUCCAACAUAGCAAGACUUGAAGCUGCCAUCAGAGUCUACGCACCGCUGUCAAGACUAGAGCCAUUGCGGAUUGAUGUUCUGAAGAAAUUGUCAUCGAUGCUUUUACACCCAUUCCCAAGGAUCCGAGCCGGCGCGGCAGAGCACCUGUUUAUGGAGACUGAAUUGGAUGUUGUGAAGGAUGAGGAUUGGACCAGGCAACCCAAGCAAUUGAAAGAGCAGGUUGAUGGGUUAAGAGCGGUACUGGUUACAUAGACGAUUAUCUUGAGCAUUUCAAUGCUAUACUGCUGAAUCGACUUGGCUAUGUCGGUGGAUGCAUAUUAUCCCAUAAUGCUGCGAGGGUCAAGAAGCAGUGGAUAUAUUGGAAAUAUAACAGCAUAGAGAGUCAAUUAGAAUAAAAAAGAAUACAAAAUUGAUUAACCAAUGGAAUAAAAAGGAGUCAGACGACAUUAGGGCGAG